GCACCACACUCUCCGCCCGGGUAGCGCCCGCUGUCGCCGCCACCAGCUCUUUCGGCCGCCGGCACGGCACCGUUCACCGAGGAGCGGCGCCCGCCCUCCUCACUCCCGCCAUCGACUCCCUGCUCCGCCAGGACGCACCGCCCAGCAGCCGGCGCCGCCCCCUGGUCAACUUUGAGCUGGAGGAGAAGCAACUUUGACAGUGACCACGGGUUUCGCAUCCCGCUUCUCCACGGCAGCAGCGGCCUGGCGAGUCGCUGGGGUUAGGUGGGGCAAGAGUUUCCCGAGCGCGUCUGCGCGGCGUCUGGCUGUUUGCAACCUGUUUCCAGCGAGCCGGGAGCGGGAUUGUGGCUGCCAGUCAUCUGAAGAAGGGGAACUUGUUUUUCUCCCCCUGUAGCGACCUCGGCUUACAACUGGACAAAGCGGUUGAAAGGAUGUAAAAAGGCAGCACAACUGUUACCAACUGGAUAAAGCUGUAUCGAAAGGAUGUAAAUAGGCAGAGCAACUGUUACCAAGAAGGCAACCACCCAAAGGCAGGGAGGAACGUGGGGCUUGGUCCGGGCUUCUCCCGGUAGCAACAUUCAUCAACAGUCAGGUGUUGGUUACAACUUUUCAAGGUCAGCCGUCGGGAGCAGUGACUCCCUCUCUGAACCUUGCGGGGGGGAUACGCAGCGCUCGGGGUGGGUUCAGCCGAGAGAUGCACGGGAAGCCAAACGAGGAAGGAUUGUAGAGGGGGAGGGUUUGUGACCCAAGACCCAUCCCCCAACCUCCCCGUAAUCUCCCGUCCCCCACUGCCCGGGCGGGGGUGAGUAUGUGACAUGUGUCUAACUCUCAGCAGCAACUUAGGCAGCAGGUGUCGGUCCUAACCGGGAGCCGCGGCCGCGGGGAGCGCCCUCACCGAGCCAUGCGGGCCCCGGGCUCGCCUCUCGCCCGCACCUUGCGGCUGCUGCUUCUGCUACUGCUCAAGGUUUCUGCCUCUCCUGGCCUCGGGUCCGCUUCUUCGCCAAGAAACGAAACUUGCCUGGGGGAAAACUGUUCACCUGCACUGAGCCACCGUCGCAGCAGGGACUCUUGGGGACUGGGAAAUUCUGCAGAAGACCUGCUAGCCCGUGCGCUCAGGGAGGAGGAGCAGGGGGCAGCAGUGCACGCACCGCCCUUUAGGGACAUAAGGGCAGCUCCCGGCGGUGACCCAGGUGCAGGCAGAGGGGCGGAGGCGUUGACCGCAGAACCCUCGGGACCUCCAGCCAGGCCGCCUGGAGUCUGGAGGUGGAAAGGUGUCCGAGGUCAGGAGCCCCCUGGAACUUUGGCGAGAGGGAACCCCCCGGCUCUCCAACUCCUCCUUCAGAUCUCAGAGGAGGAAGAGAAGGGUCCUAGAGGCUCUGGCAUUUCUGGGCACAGCCAGGAGCAGAGUGUGAGGACGGAACCUGGCGCCAGCGACCUUUAUUACUGGCCAAGGAGAGGCGGGAAACUCCAGGGCUCCCACCACGACACCCCACCCAAGACGGUCAAUGGACUGUCUGGGCACGAAAGGAGGACAAUUGCACCCCCUGGCAGGGCGCUGGCCCAGAAUGGGUCCUCGGGCGAAGGGAUCCACGAGCGCGGGGGUCCCCGCCGGGGAAACAGCACAAACCGACGCUUGAGAAUAAAGAACCCCUUCUACCCACUGACCCAGGAGUCCUACGGCGCCUAUGCGGUCAUGUGUUUGUCUGUGGUGAUCUUCGCGACUGGCAUCAUUGGCAACCUGGCGGUGAUGUGCAUCGUGUGUCACAACUACUACAUGCGGAGCAUCUCCAAUUCCCUCUUGGCCAACCUGGCCUUCUGGGACUUUCUCAUCAUCUUCUUCUGCCUUCCGCUUGUCAUCUUUCACGAGCUGACGAAAAAGUGGCUGCUGGAGGACUUCUCUUGUAAGAUUGUGCCCUAUAUCGAGGUGGCUUCCCUCGGAGUCACUACCUUCACCUUAUGUGCUCUGUGUAUAGACCGCUUCCGAGCAGCCACCAACGUGCAGAUGUACUAUGAAAUGAUCGAGAACUGUUCUUCCACAACUGCCAAGCUUGCUGUUAUAUGGGUGGGUGCCCUACUGUUAGCACUUCCAGAAGUCGUUCUCCGCCAGCUGAGCAAGGAGGAUUUGGGGUUUAGUGGCCGAGCUCCCGCGGAACGCUGCGUCAUCAAGGUCUCCCCUGACUUACCAGACACCAUCUACGUUCUAGCCCUUACCUAUGACAGCGCAAGACUCUGGUGGUACUUCGGCUGUUACUUUUGUUUGCCCACACUUUUCACCAUCACCUGCUCUUUAGUGACUGCGAGGAAAAUCCGCAAAGCGGAGAAAGCCUGUACCCGAGGGAAUAAGCGACAGAUUCAGCUGGAAAGCCAGAUGAACUGUACAGUGGUGGCUCUGACCAUUUUGUAUGGGUUUUGCAUUAUUCCUGAAAACAUCUGCAACAUUGUUACUGCCUACAUGGCUACGGGGGUUUCCCAGCAGACCAUGGACCUGCUUUAUAUCAUCAGCCAGUUCCUUUUGUUCUUUAAGUCCUGUGUCACCCCUGUCCUCCUUUUCUGUCUUUGCAAACCCUUCAGUCGGGCCUUCAUGGAGUGUUGCUGCUGUUGCUGUGAUGAGUGCAUUCAGAAGUCUUCGACAGUGACCAGCGACGACAAUGACAACGAAUACACCACAGAACUCGAACUCUCGCCUUUCAGUACCAUCCGCCGCGAAAUGUCCACUUUCGCUUCUGUUGGAACGCAUUGCUGAAGAACAGCCUUUUCUUUGGUUAGAUCUAUGUGUUUGAUUUUCAUAUCCUGUCAACGUUUUUACUUCAUAUUUUUCCCUACCGGGGAAAAAUGCAACGAAAGAGAGAAAUAUUAACGACUGUAGAACUGAUUUUGCAAAUUAAUAUUUGUGCUUUGAAAAAAAAUGUUUAUAUUUAGUUAUUUAAGACGUAUGAGAAGGCCAAUAGUUUUAGAUCAUUAUAUCUGGUAUGGUGCUAAUAUUUUAUUUGAAAAAAGUUACUGCACCUUAACUUAAUUAAUUACUAACUUUCUUUUAAAAAUAUAAUCAGUGUAUAUUGAUGAUAGCCAUGCGAUUUUGUAGGUUAUUUUAUGUUUGAGUUGUGAUUGACAGUAUAUUGUAUAUGGUAUCGUGAGAUGAUUUGUAGUUAAGGAGCAUUCACAAAGUAGCACCAAAUAAAUUAUGCUUUAUUGUUUAAUGUCAUUGUCAAUCUACUUUUAACCGAGAUUCAAUAAAUCUUUUAAUUGCCUUAAAUACACAA